AUGAAGAAUACAUCCACGAUUCUACUGGCUGCUACUCUCUGUGUGCUGGUCUUUGUGGGCAGCGCCCGGGCCGAUUGUUGUCGGCGUACAAAGAACGUCUCGUUUACCGUGGAGUCGGGUCGCUGCAAAGAUGUUGGUGGGGUCAACAGCAGCAUCUCGACAUGCACGAUUACCAUUUGUGCCGAUGGCACGCGUCUCAUUGGCAGCUACUGUGGCCACUAUUCCUGCAAUCUCUUCGGCUGCAACUGCGGAGGCGGCUGCCUGAAAGGCAAAUGGGAGAAGAAUUUCAUCGAAAGACAUCCAAAAUACAAAAUUCGAAUUUUGAGCAGCAAGUGGAAUUGA